AUGCUGAGGUAUACACAGGACGAACGGACACGGUUUGUGGGGAAAUUCCACCCUCCAAGAUCAUAUAAAUUCCAUGUAGAUCCACAAAAAACUCUAUGUAUUGAAUUCAAAGACUCAUUUAAUACUCAAAUUACAAGAAUGUUUAAUAGAUUCAGUUCUAGGCGUUCUGUCGUCUAUUCUUGCAAAGGAAUGGUCGCCUCAUCGCAGCCUUUAGCCAAUGCAGCAGGAAUUCGAAUUUUGGAAAAGGGAGGAAAUUGUGUGGAUGCAGCGGUUGCUGUAUCCGCUGCCUUGUGCGUAACAGAACCUCCAUCUACCGGAGUCGGUGGUGAUUGUUUUGUUCUCUUUUAUGAUGGUGAGACCAAAGAGGUGCACGGAAUUAACGGAAGUGGCAAGGCACCUGCUGAUCUCUCGAUUGAAGUUGUUCGUGAAAAAGAAACUGAAAUCAUAGGUCCAAGAUUACCGCUCCGCAACGUGCAUUCAGUCACAGUCCCAGGUGCUAUCGCUGGUUGGCUUGAUGCUAUCGAAAAAUGGGGCUCAAAAGCCGUCAGCUUAGAAGAAAUUUUCGCUCCUGCCAUUAGUUUGGCUGAAAAUGGGUUUGCUGUCGCUGAAGUAUCAGCUCAAAUAUGGAGAGAUGCACUGAAUGAUUUAAUAAGGAUGAGUGGUGACAACGCAAAAACAUUCUUGAAUGAGGACGGUUCAUUUUGUGAAGAAGGCCAAAUCUUCCGCAACCCAAAACUCGCAAGCCUUUUUCGUAAAGUUUCAUUGGAAGGUAAGGAUGGAUUUUAUAGAGGAGAUGUUGCUGAGAAAAUAGUUGAGAAGAUUCGAGACUUAGGUGGAGUGAUGCAGCUCAGUGAUCUCGCCAACCAUACAUCAAAGUUUGUUGACCCUAUCAAGUUGAGCUUCAUGGGAAAGCUGAUCUGGGAGAUUCCCCCAAAUGGCCAAGGCAUUGUCGCAUUAUUUGCUUUGGGAUACAUCAGAGAGUUGGCGGAUCAGAGGAAAAUAGAUCUUGAGUCUCUCGAGCACAAUCUGGCCGAAUAUUUACACCUUUUGAUUGAAGCGUUAAAGUUGGCAUUCUACGAUUCCGAGCACUUUGUGGCAGACCUUGACUUUCAUAAGGACAUAGACUUGGAGAAAGCAAUAUCUAAGGGAUUCAUUGAAGAACGCUCGAGGCUUAUUGAUAUGAAGAAAGUCUUAACAAGAGAAGAUGUGGACAUUGUUCCAAAUCCUAUGUAUCAGUGUGAUACUGUUUACUUCACAGUCACAGAUCAAGAUGGAAAUGCUUGCUCUUUUAUUAAUUCCGUUUUCUCUCCUUUUGGAUCGUGUAUAAUCCCCGAUGAUUAUGGAUUUGCCUUGCAAAGCCGUGGAGCAAACUUCAAUUUAAGUCACAAGGCGAUUAAUUGCCUCGAAGGAGGUAAGAGACCAUAUCACACUAUCAUACCUUCUCUCAUCACUGAUGACAGCACUGGGGAGCUAUAUGCAUCUGUCGCUUGUAUGGGCGGAUGGGAACAACCACAAGCCCAUGUUCAAAUAUUUCUCAAUCUAGUUUUGUUUGGAUUCUCACCACAGGAGGCACUUGAUGCACCUAGAUUUUGCCUCGAGCCGGAUGAGUCAGGGAGACAUUUAGAUGUUGGCAAAGGGUCUUUUGGGCCAGUCUCAACUCCUGCAACAUUGGUUCGCUUAGAAGAAGGAAUAACUUCCGAGGUCUUCGAAACGUUGCGCCUAAUGGGUCACGAAGUGAACAUGGUAACAGGGCAUGCUCGCGAAGUCUUUGGAAGAGCACAAUGCAUAAAAAAUAUCGUUAGACAAGGAAAGCGAGCAUGGGCAGGUGGUUCUGAUAUGAGAGGAGAUGGUGCAGCAGUGCCUCAGAUUUAA